GAGAGAGCGUGUAAGAGAGGGGAAGAGAGAUUCCCAUUGUGAGAGAUGGAACCAGCAAGAACGAGGGAGACCUACAGAGAGUGCAUGAGGAACCAUGCCGCUCGGCUGGGGACCUACGCUUGCGACGGGUGCUGCGAGUACAGCCCCGACACCCUGCGCCCUAACGCGCUGUUCUGCACUGCUUGCGGGUGUCACCGUAACUUCCACCGCAAGGUGACGCUGAACAGCGCGGCCGCCGCCGGCGGCGGCAUCAACGUCCGGCCGGUGGGGAUGGCUGCGGAUGUCCUUCGGGCAAGGCGACGCCAGAGGAGCAAGUUUACGGCCGAGCAAAAGGCUCGGAUGGGGGCCUUCGCAGCCCGGAUCGGCUGGAAGGUCCGGAAGCAAGAGGUCGGCGGCGAAGACGAGGUGUCGAGGUUCUGCAAGGACAUUGGGAUCACCCGCCAGGUCUUUAAGAUCUGGAUUCACAACCACAAGUGUAGUGCUGCUGCGACCACCUCCACGAGCAUUAACGCAGCUGCUGCACCUGCGCCUGAUGGCAACGGAGAGGGAGAUAUUGUAGCGUGCGUGGUGAGAGAACGGGAGGAGGAGGUCAAGGGGAGUGCCUCCAUGGAGGAGGAAAAGUAAGGAGGGAGGGUCUUGUCCCUUUAGUUGUCUUUGUUGCAUGCGUCCAUAUAUAGUCUCUGUCGUUGCUGUCACCUUUUACCGUUCGUUCUACUUUCUUUCCUUUUAUAUAGCAUGUUACUGUAGUCGUCUUCUUCCCCUCUCUUAGAGAGAGAGGAGGGGAGAAGAGGGAGUCGUCUAUCUGCAUGCAUUGCAUCUGGUCCGUUCAUCUUGUAAUAUAAAUAACAUGUGAAAGACUAGUUUUAUGUUUAA